GCUCUGAGCAACUGUGAUUUUCAGUCGACGCCAAAUCGCACAAUGCCUUUUUAAAGGUAUUCAUUGAAAUAUUAAUAGAAAAAUGAAAUCGAAAAUGAAUCCAAAAAGCAAUGAAGAUCAACAAACUACUUUACGGUGCUGUUGUAGCACCAGCGUCGGAAGCGUUUUGUUUUCAAGAGUGUUUCCAACUCCCAAAUUCAAUGAAAUUUCUCGAGCCAGUCUGCAGUGGUUAUACAAAAAGAGAGCGCGAGGGAGAGAGAGAGAAAGAGCAAGGGAGAGGAGGAACAGCAGCAGCAGCACGUUGAGAAUCUGCAGGCGCGAUAUCGAGUGCUACAGGUGUGCAGCAUUUCAUCGAAUCCCAUUGCGGCGUUUCCAACUUGCAGCCACUUCGAAGGAGGCAGAAGCGCGUCCAUUCAGCCUGCCCAAGUGAGUGUGAUUGCAGAACGCGGAAGCGUAACACUCCUACUGCGCUUGCACACAACGUUGCCUCCGGUUGUUCACGUCCACACCCCGCGGGAAGAUGAACUCGUCUGCGGGUGCAAGCAACUACCGCCGGACGUCCAUCAAAGGGGAAAAGGACCUGGUGGGCAGCGCCCCGCCGCAGAGGAACUGGAAAGGAAUAGCCAUCGCCCUGCUGGUCAUCCUGGUCAUCUGCUCCCUGAUUGUCACCUCGGUCAUCCUGCUGACGCCUCGCGAAGAUGAGAGCCUGGCCCUGAAGAAGAAGGUCACCCUGGAUGAUGUGUUUGGUCCCGACCUCCGUAUCCACCGACCUGACGCCGUGUGGCUCAGCGGUAAUGAGCUGCUGUAUCGUACAAGGGAAGGUGAUGUUGUCAAGCUCAACGUGGACACGGAGGAGAAACGUGUUGUCGUGCCAAACCAAAUGUUUGAAAGAUCGAAGGCCACCAGGUACCAAGUGUCCCCUGACCUGCAACAAGUGCUAUUUGCCUUUGACUUGAAACUGAUCUAUCAACAUUCCUACGUGGCCAAGUACAUUAUAUACAGCCUUACAACACAGGAAACAUGGCCCUUGAACCCUCCCGAAGUGCACGAAGCCGUGCUGCAAUUUGCUGGAUGGGGACCUAAAGGCCAGCAGCUCAUCUUCAUAUUUGAGAACAACAUCUACUACAGAGCAACGGUAGAGAGUCGCACCAUCCGGCUGGUUUCCAGCGGAAAGGAGGGCGUGGUCUUCAACGGCCUGGCUGACUGGCUCUAUGAAGAGGAGAUCCUGCAAAGCUACAAGGCCCACUGGUGGUCUCCCGACGGCCUGCGUCUGGCCUACAUGACAAUCAACGACACGCUGGUGCCAAAGAUGGAAGUCCCCUUCUUCACGGGGACGCCGUACCCCAACACUUUGGAAUACCACUACCCGAAGGCUGGGGAGGAAAACCCUGUGGUGCACCUGUCAGUGGUGAGCCUCAACGGUCCUCUGCACACUGUGGUCAUGAAGAAACCCGAUGACCCCCGAAUCGGGAGGGAGUAUUACAUCACCAUGGUGAAAUGGGCCACCAGCACCAAACUGGCUGUCAACUGGCUGAACAGAGCCCAGAACAAUUCCAUAUUGACACUGUGUGAGGCGACCACAGGGGUCUGCGUCAAGAAACAUGAAGAUGAGAGCACAAGUUGGUUGCACAGACAGAAUGAAGCGCCGCUUUUUUCACACGACGGGCACAAGUUCUUUUUCACACGAGCCAUCCCUCAGGGUGGGAGAGGGAAGUUCUUCCAUAUCUCUAUGUCCACCUCCAUGCCCAACACCAGCUUGGACAUACUUCAGUCGCUGACGUCGGGGGAUUGGGACGUCACCAACAUCCUGGCCUACAAUCACCAGAGGAACCUCAUAUACUUUCUGAGCACAGAGGACGACCCCAAACGGCGACACUUGUACAGCACGGACACCAUUCCUCCGUUCAACCGCUGCUGCCUGUCCUGCCAGUUUAAGUGCGGCUAUGUGGACGUGUCGUUCAGUCACGACAUGCGCUACUUCCUGCUCACCUGUAAAGGGCCUGACGUUCCGAGCGUGGCCGUCUACAGAACAGAAGACAAACAGAAGCUGUUGGACGUCGAGACAAACGAGCGAGUCAACGCCACGUACAACAACAUGCAGAUGCCCAAAGUGGAGUACGACACCAUCACCAUAGACGACUACACUCUCACCAUGCAGAUUCUCAAGCCAGCUGGAUUUGUGGCCACAGCCCAUUACCCCUUGCUGCUGCUGGUCGACGGGACGCCGGGCGGCCAGAUGGUCACCGAGCAGUUCCAGGUGGACUGGGCCACCAUCCUGGUGAGCAGCUUCGGCACCGUCGUCAUCCGCUUCGACGGCCACGGCAGCGGCUUCCAGGGUACCAACCUCCUCCACAAAGUGCACAGGAGGUUGGGCAAGCUGGAGGAACGAGACCAGCUGGAGGCGCUCAGGUUCAUCUCCAAAGAGCCUUACAUCGACAAGACUCGAAUGGGAGUGUAUGGAAAGGCGUACGGAGGCUAUUUGUCCACGCUGCUGCUCAGCUCAGAUGAGUUCACUCAGCUUAAAUGUGGAACUGCGGUCUCGCCCAUCACGGAUUUCGAGCUUUACGUGUCGGCAUUCUCCGAACGAUACCUGGGCUCAAAGACCGAUUCCAGAGUCUACGCGAUGUCAAAUUUAGCUCACAGAGCAGGUCAGCUGGUGCAGAAGCAGUACUUGAUCAUCCACCCCACUGCAGACGAAAAGGUUCACUUUCAGCACACGGCCAAGUUUAUCAACCAUUUAAUCAGCAAGAAGGCCAAUUACACUCUUCAGAUCUACCCGGACGAGGGCCACUUCCUGCACAGCGAAGACACCCAAAAGCACCUGAGCCGCUCUCUGGUCAACUUCUUUGGGGAGUGUUUCCGGCUACCCGAAGUGGUUAAGGGCGAGCAGCAGGACGUUGACGAGGACGAUAGCUAAGCCCGACCGACGAGCCACCCCCGCCUCUGCCCCCCCCAAUUUUUAUUGUGAUUUCAAUUUCUGCUUCUCACGAUUGGAUAGCAUUAGAUGUCACGGGAGUUCGACAUUCUUUUGUAUUCUUCCUAAUCCAUUGAAAAUGAAACAUUAACAAUAAAAAUCGUCCGAUUUUUCUUCUUCUCAAGAGCUCGACGACAAAGUUGAGCAUUAUUUUCUUUGUGAGGGCACAAUUUUGGAUAGCACUUUGGUUUUGGACGCCAGGAGACAACCUAAUCUGAUCUUGUAAUCGGUGAGUUUGAUAAUCAGAGAACUAACCUGGCGCCUCCAAGAAACCAGCACUUUUCAGCACAAAAUAUCGCCCCCUAUUGACCCGGAGACUGAACCGCCGGUUUCUGGUGAUUUUGCCAAUGAAUUAACUGGUUGUUGUGCUCACAAGUACAGUACUCUGUUUGGUGUUUCCCACCUUAUUAGUGACGUGUGUCUUUUAUACAAAGGAGUAUUAUGGAGAAACUGAAGGGUGAAAAGUUAUUUUUUCUUAAUUCUUUGAGAAUUGAUCAUUUAAAGCUCCAAAAUAUAUAUUUCAUCGCAAAGCGUUUUCCCCUCAUUUAAAUGCAUUCAACUUAAAAACCUUGAAAAAGUUGCAAUCAAAUUCCAAAUAUAUUACAAUCUUCACAAUAGACAACUUUUUAUCCACAAGAAAUACCAUUUUAAUCUAAGAUCAGAAUUAAAUAUCUAAAGUAUUUUACUUCUUUUACUUACUACAUAAACAUACUGUGAUUUGCUGGCAGCCCGUAAUGAAUUUUUAUUUUUAAGGUGGCCCUAAUUCUCCUUUGUACUUUUGUGACAAAUCAAUGGCACAAUGUUGUAGUCCAUCAAAUGUGUACAAAUAUUUAAGAGUGCUUUUUUCUUCUUCUUCUUUUUAGUCACCGUGCCUUAAAAGUGGGCCGACGGUCAAUGUUAGUAGCCCACUUGACAAAUGGAAGUGAGGGGAAUAUGUUUUUGUGUGUGUUUGUGAGCAAGAAAACCCAAUUUUACAGAAAUGUCAGUCACACAUGACACCUGAAGAUGUUUGUAAAUAGAAAUUUACAAUAAGCUUUUCUGGAACGUCCUCCAUUUUGAUGUCUCAUUAUGUCAGUGCUUCUCAAUUAUUUUCUGUUACGCCCCCCCCUAGCAAGAAGAAAACUAUUCGCGCCCCCCUCCCCACCGUGACUAUCCUAACUUGUCUUGUAAGUCGUAAAGUGUUGCACUGUCGCAAACGUGACAGAAGUAACAAUGAGAGCGCCACUGCCCCCUGCUGUAGUAAACGCGCAAUUACACUUUAUUCUAGUACUGCCAAAAAAAAAGCCUGUUCCCCAGGGUCACACGCGCCCCCCCAGGAAUAGCACCUUGGGGGCGCGCCCCACUAUUUGAGAAGCACUGGCCUAGGUGACUGAUUCACAAUUUGGUUUUGUCUGAUAUCAGAGAUUAAAUAAAGAAAACCAACUGGCUGA